CGGUGCGAAGCUCUGACAGACCUACUGCUGAGAGUUCUGUGUCUUUAGGCUGCAGAGCAAUUGUUGAACAGUGGAAGAAUAAUAACUGGAGACCAGGAAGCCUAACAGAGCGUCACAUGAGCUGACACUGUGGACAAGAUGUUCUGUACCAAGCUGAAAGACUUAAAGCUAUCAGGGGAAUGUCCUUUCUCUAUGCUCACACAGAGCCAGGGUUCAGAGGAGGGGGAUGAAGUGUCCAGCAAUGCUGCUGCUGCCAGUCUUCCAAUCUGCAAAGAGGUCCAUGAGCUGAGCACCAGGAGAACAGGUGACCAUGAUGGACUCCCACAGAGGAAGACCAGCCGGGGCAGGGUUUAUCUGCACACUUUGGCAGAGAGCCUUCGCAAGUUAAUCUUCCCAGAGUUUGAAAGGCUGAAUCUUGCACUUCAGAGAACAAUUGCAAGACAUAAAGUGAAAGAAAAUGCUAGCAGAUCAGCAUGUGUUAGUUUUAAGCUACCCAGAAUGCCUGCUUGUGGUAAAACUGUAGAAAAAGAAGAUUUUGAAAAGGUUUUGAUAGAUCAAUCAAAUGCAGCAGGUGUUCCAGUAGAAAGUAUCAAAGCAUGUCUGGGUGAAGAACUCUUUAGAUUAUGCUAUGAUGAAGAUGAACAUAUUUUGGAAGUAGUGGCAGGCACGUUGAAGGACUUCUUAAAUAGCUUCAGUACUCAUUUGAAGCAGAGUGGCCAAUCGCGGUCACAGGAAAAAAGUAGUGGACUAGAGGAAGGCUCAAUUUUGUGCUUGGAAAAAGAUCAAGAUUUCUUAAAUGUGUACUAUUUUUUCCCUAAGAAUAUAACUAUAUUAAUCCUACCUGGAAUAAUUAAAGCUGCAGCAUAUAUUAUGUAUGAAACUGAAGUGGAAGUGAAGUUGAUUCCGCAUUGUUUUAGUGAAGGCAACGAAUUUAUUAAGGAACCCUACUUACUGUACUCUGCUCAAAUGAAAAAUAUUCGCCCCUCCUUAUCACCUUGUAAACCACAGUCAUAUGUUGUUAUUUCUGCUCCAAUUUUCGCCAAGACUUUUCCAUUUCAUUUUAUGUUUGAUAAGGAUAUGACCAUGUUACAGAUUGGAAAUGGUGUGAAGAAACUGCUUAACAAAAGGGAUAUACCUGGGAAAACCAGCUUUGAAGACCACUUUGAUAUACUUUCCCCUAAAAUAAGAAGCACAUUUAGUGGGAUCAUGACAAUGUUGAAUAUGCAGUUCAUUAUAAGAAUAAAACGAUGGGACUCCACUAUAGAAGAAGCAUCAAAGACAAUGAAUCUGAAAGGCCAAAUGAUCUACGUCUUUGAAUCCAGUGCCAUUUUGUUCUUGGGAUCUCCAUGUGUGGACAGACUGGAGGAUUUUACUGGAUGUGGGCUGUAUCUGUCAGAUAUUCCCAUACACAAUGCUUUAAGGGAUGUUGUACUUAUUGGAGAACAAGCACGAGCACAGGACGGAUUAAAGAAGAGGUUGGGAAAGCUUAAGGCUACUUUAGAAGUGACACAUCGAGCUUUAGAAGAGGAGAAAAAGAAGACAGUUGAUCUUUUAUGCUCAAUCUUUCCCGGCGAAGUGGCUCAGCAGCUGUGGCAAGGGCAGACAGUGCAAGCCAAGAAAUUUAACAAUGUAACAAUGCUAUUUUCAGACAUUGUGGGGUUUACAGCAAUCUGCUCACAUUGUUCACCGAUGCAGGUUAUCACAAUGCUUAAUGAACUGUACACACUUUUUGAUUAUCAGUGCGGGGAACUGGACAUAUACAAGGUAGAAACAAUUGGUGAUGCAUAUUGCGUGGCGGGAGGAUUACAUAAAGAUAGCGAGACGCACGCAUUUCAAGUAGCUCUUAUGGCUCUAAAGAUGAUGGAGCUCUCAGACAAGGUGACAUCGCCUCAUGGAGAACCUAUCAAGAUGAGAAUUGGUCUACACUCGGGAUCGGUAUUUGCUGGUGUUGUUGGAGUAAGGAUGCCACGAUAUUGCCUUUUUGGAAACAAUGUAACUCUUGCCAAUAAGUUUGAGUCGUGCAGCGUGCCAAGACAGAUCAACGUGAGCCCUACUACAUACAGUAUGCUGAAGGACUAUAAAGGAUUCAAUUUUACACCUCGAUCGAGGGCAGAUCUACCGCCAAACUUUCCUGAUGACAUUCCUGGUAUCUGUUAUUUUCUUGAGGCUUCUGAUCAAGAAAUGUUGAAUGCGAUUUGGGUCCAAAAAAAGACUGCUGAAGAUUUAUAUUUUAACAAAACAAAAUGAUGCACACAUCUGUUUUGUGGUGAAACAUUUCAAGAAUGCUAAUUAUUAAUUUUGCAAUUUGAACAUAAAUAGGCAAAAAACACACCUGAUCUUUAUUCCACUGACAAUUUUAUAUUGUGUCACAGUUCAUUAACAAAAAUGUAAUAAUGAUCUGUUGAGACAUUCCUAAUGAUGUACCUUUUUGCUAGUUUGUGUCAUUAGUAACUGACCUAUCAUGUUUUCAUAAAUAACUUAUUUUGUGAAUAU